AUGUCAGCUUCCAAUUCGAAGAUUCAAUCUCCAUCCACAUCGUAUUCAACUCUUCAAACUCAUCUUAAUUCCACAGAUGAUUCAACAUCACGUCCAACGAGUUACGUUAGUUUAUUAGAUUCACAUGAAACUCCAGAUGCUCCUGUUUUAUCAUUUCCACAACGUGCCACAUUGAAUUGGAGUCGAACAUUGGAUACAUUUCGUCAAUGGAGUUCCAGAACAUUGAAAUAUACGCGACAAUUAUUUCAAGAACGAAUUGGACAAGUUAAUCGAACACAAGAUACGGAAUUGGAACAGAAAAUUCAACUUCUUCGUGAAACGAAAUGUCACUAUGAACGUAUCCUAAACAAUGCACAUCAAAUGAGCACUUGCUUUGCUGGUCUUCUUAAAACACAACGUUCUCUUGGUGAAUCAUUAAAUGAAUUACAAAGAUUAUCCGAUACUUCCGAAGAUCUUGUUGAUCAACUUGUGAGAAAUAGUCAAUGUCAAAAAGUCUUAGCACUCAACGGUGAUUCGCUCCUAAAUUCGAUUAAUCUGUUCGUUGAUAAAUUACAAACAUUAACAAGUCGAACCAUGGAAGAUACUUUAAUAUCGAUAAAGACAUAUGAAAAUGCCAGAAUUGAAUAUGAUGCAUGUCGAUAUGAUUAUGAAUUAUUAUUAUCACGGAGUCAUUCAUCGGAUGGAACAAUAUCUUCAACAGAUGAACAUAUUCAACGACAAUAUGAACAUUUUAAACAAAUUUAUGAAAAAUCCAAAGAAAAUCUGGAAAUCAAAUUAAAAUUACUCGAUGAAAAUCGAAUUCAAGUGAUGAAACAACAAUUAUCACUAUUUCACAAUGCUAUUGGUGCUUAUUUCUCUGUCAAUCGACAGUAA